AUGCCCAAGAACAGUUACUUUACAUCCUCUUGUCACCAUUCGCUCUCUCAGUUUCAUCCAUACGCUACUCGCCGCCGGACUCGCCAGACUCGAGCUCCUGACCCUACCUUCAAUUUCGAGUCCAACGUCUAUCAGCAGGAUCCUCAUGGCGAGUUGCAAUAUCAGCUCCUCAGGUCGCAAAGGGAGCUUGUUACACAAGGGAAUAUUGUAACGUUUCGUCCAGAAAUCAUGUCAUGGGAGGUGUUGGAUCCCCCCAUGAGACUCUUGAAGUCAGGUGUUAUGAAAACUGUUGCACCCCCCAGCUAUGAGGGGUCUCCCGGCUACGAAGUUCCUGUCUGUCCAGACAUUUUGAACAGAUGGCGCACACGCGAAGAGUGCACAAUGAAGGUUACUACAGUACACAAGUUCGGCAAGACAAAAUAUCGGUAUACUGGAGGCCAUCCAGGCUGUGUCUAUGGAAUGGAUAUUCCAUAUGACGGAGUCCAAACAUUAGAACCGUACGAAGAUGAGAACAGUGAGGAUGAAAUUGCAGACAUCCUGCUUUCUAUCCGCACUCCAGAUAUCUUUUCAACCGCUCACUUCAAUACUUGCCACACUGAUUCAUCGUCUGCCUCAUCCUCCCGGAUCUCAGAUUAUUUUUCUCUCUCAUCUCCCGGGACCAACUCGUCAAUUACACAGUAUUCGCUGAAUCAAAGGUCCUCAUCCUCGAACUCCUCGAACUUUGGCUCUUCCUCGCCUGAGAAAGCACAGCCGCUUGCAACGAAGAAGACUCCAUUCACCAUCAAAGAAAUGGCGGCCAGAAAAAAUUACGAUAUGGAUCUCAUUGCUAAUCUCCGUCAAUGCGAGGAGGAUGAAAUUUUUCAUGGGUACCCCCAACUUCAUCCGGCCUGGCCUGGUACCGUCUCCAAGAAGGUCCAUCCAAGAUUGAAGCCAUAUGAGGAUAUGCACCCAAGCAUUUUGUUUAUGCACAUGGACUUUCACGACACUCCUUCCGGACGCCUCAUCCAGGACCUCAACAGCAUUACCGGUGUUAUACCUGGUGCCUUUCGGACCCUCGUGGAGACAUCAAGAGUGUGUCCGGCCUGUGUUUGUGAAUACUCCUCUACUGCUUUCAUGUCCCAUAUCCAAGAGGGACAUUGCAUGAAUAGCUCCUCGGACGACAUCGUCCGUCAAGUCGUUUCUCUUGACCCUCACAUUAACAACCGGCUCUCUGAUCUACGGCAAAAUCUCCCAUCGGCAGUUCGGAAGAAGGAUUCCCUACUCCCAACCACCGUAGGAAUGCUAUUCGCAAUGUGGAAUUCUCGCCUUGGCCUACCGUUGGACCUUUGGAUACUUGCACGUACAGCAAUCAUCACAUGCAAGAACUGCUUCCUUGUACGAACAUUCGAUGCUCAUCAAGCUCAUCAGACACAAGAUGGUCUGUGUUUGAUUUGCAUAGCUUUGGGGGAAAUGGAAUCAGAGGCUUCGGGAGAGGAAGGGUCGCAGGCGGUGGUGCCUUACCAAGGCAAGGGCAAAGGACGUGCUGACUGA